ACUCUCACACAUACGGUCUGCCAAACUGUCUUUUGUCUCGUGUUUUUGUCUGAGCCAUAAUAUUACGUCGUAGCCAAUGUAGGGAGAGCCUCGUCGUUUGCAGCUCUUGUUUCAAUAGUUUUUUGCCUUUCCCCCCCCCAUUGAACGCCUUGCGUGGUAGUGGAGACCUGCGCUGCGAAAAUGUACCUGGCAGUACCUGCACAGACCCGGGGGCCAGGCCUCCUAGCGCCGCAGCCAAGUAUUGCAGCGUACCCAUCACCGACUCCCGAUUGGGCUGCGUCGAGCAUCACACAAACACAACCCUCGCGGCCAAAAUCAAAAUCCAAACCCGCACAAACAGUUGCAAAACCCUGUUCCCGCCGCCUGCUGUCCGCGCCUUACCGUCCAUCCUGCGUCCAUCGCCGGGGCAUCCACUCUCCACUAGCCACUGCGUCUGCCGGCCAACUAGCGACACGUCUCGUCCCCGCGGGGAGAUAGAGCGAUAAAAAAAAAAAAAAACUAGGCAAAAAUAUCGCCCUACUUACUGCUUGCGCCUCCAAUCUGCUCGCAGCAGCACCGCCUAUCCGCGUACCGUCACACGACCGCUCGUCCAUUCGGGAACAGCCUCUUACAGCUCUUCUCUGGUGAUUUUACAUUGCUGGAUAUGAGUAGCUAGACGCUCUGCCUGUCCUCGAAAGACACUCUCAACCGGCCGCUUCUUGCAGUGGCCUGACUGACCCUCCUCUGGUUCUUCCCUUGGCCUUCUAUGCGAUCAACUGAUCUCUUGCGAUUCCUCUUUUCGCGACCUUCCAAGUAUGUUGUGGCUCAUGCUUACUUGCUGGCUUCUCCAU